CUCGCUAUCGACCUCCUUAACCCUCCCGCAGAGAAGCACGCCCGGACCCACAAGCUCAAGAAGAUUGUGCCCGAGCCCAACUCGUUCUUCAUGGACGUCAAGUGCCCCGGUUGCUUCCAGAUCACCACUGUCUUUUCCCACGCCUCCACCGUCGUUCAGUGCGGCUCGUGCGCUACCGUCCUGUGCCAACCCACCGGCGGUAAGGCUCGUCUGACUGAGGGCUGCUCCUUCCGCCGAAAGAACUAG